AUGCCGACCACAGCUAUGGGCCUCGAAAGGCCCGACCCAUCGAUCGUCAGCACCAGUAGCAUCGGUGGCGACAAAUCAAUGCUUUCCUUGCAGACUAAAUCCUCCUAUUCCAUCCCGGAUGACGGCCGAGCAAUCACCAUAGAAACUAAUAAAAAAAACCAUCAAAAGCAAAUCGUGGACACUGAUGCUGCCAGUGCUGUUUCUCAGAACUCCCAGACAAGUUUGCUUAUCGAGUAUUUCGAAGGUGCGAGAGGACAAGGGAGUGCGCCAUCUCACCGACCAAGCGUGCGUGUUAAAGUAACACCAUCGUCGCAUCGAAGAGCUAGCCAGCAAGCCCGAGCUAUCGAAUUGGGACCCGAUGGACGCCCUGUCACAAAACGAGCACCCUCGUACACUCAGCGAAUAUCUCUCUCUAACCCCAGGAAUGAAGAUAGGUUGAUAGUCGCGAAAGAAAGGCGGAAGAGGCGAUCGGAGGCUGGUGGCAGCGACAUGACCUUAAGCCGGGGCGACGAUGAUUUCACUUCAGAGGUAUCCGAACAAUCGCAAUCUCUCGUCCACCCUCCAAUGAAAAUCGAUGUUAUUAGAGAAGGACCUGGCUCUCCACUUGGCUCCCCAAGGUACUACCGAACAAAUUCUGGCCCCAGGGGAAGGAGAAAAACAUACGACGACGGCGACUCUGGUUUACACCCAUUGUCGCAAAGGAGAAGUCGGAGUUUGAGUAAUGAGCGGGAACUUAUGCUCGGUGAAGGCAGCAACCUUGGUAGCAACCUUGGUAGCAACAUCAGUAGCAACCUUUCGAGGAAACGAAGCCAGAGCCUGGACCGAGACCGAGAAGGACUAACGAAAGAGCAGAGAAGAGAGCGGCGGCGACUCGAGAAGAAGAUGGCGGAAUUCAAUGGGGAACCUUCUACCCGUUCUAGGGAGAUCAAAUCGCCUCGAGACCGACAUGGCAGAAGCAUGUCCCGCGAUGGGGGUCGGAGAAAAGUUUCUGGUACUCGUAAUAUAUCGAAUGCCUCUGAUUUGGCGCAGAAUCCAGUCCUGUUGGAGGCGGUGGAGGAUGCUAUAAAAAGAUUGAUUCUGCCGCAGUUUGAAGCCCUGAAGGCCAGCAACCAGGCAGGUAAUACAUCUGCCAUCGAUCAAGCGGCCUCCGCCGCUAUUGCCGCUGAGGCUGCCCGGGCAUUCGCAAAGAAACGGAGUGCCGGCAAAUCGGAAGCUGAAAACGAAGGCCCCAUGCUCGUCUUGCAACCAGAUGCAGAUAUGGGAACAACAGGCUAUGGAGUGGUGCUAUCUCAAAGUGACAACUCGGCGCUUCUAAGAUCUGAAUCUGUUAGAUCUAGGGGUCCUGGCUUUGGUCCUGGUCCAGCGCCAGGGUCUGAUCUCGCGGAUGGUGCGCCCGCGGUUGAGCCUCUUGAUGGUCUUUUUGGCAAGCAUCCUUCUGCACAUGAGCAGCUGAGGAUGCCCUCAAUUCCUAGUAUGGCAUCCUCGAAUCGAAGCGAACAUGAAAAUAAUGUGCAUGCCGAUAUUGAAGGCGCGCCGUAUCCGACUACCGAAAGAAGUGGUAUGCCAACGACUGGGAAUACCCCCCCUCCAAUUUCCAUGCCCGAAGUUGUUGCACCCUUGAAUAUCUCCCGAAGGGGAACGCCAGCUAGCAAUCUGGAAGCACCGACACCGAAGAGAAGCUUCGCAAGCAUACGCCGCCAAUUUGACGCCCAAGGCCUUAUCCAGGUCGCCCCGUUAUCUCCCCGCAAGUAUACGUUUGCCGCUGCCGCCAAAUCGGAGGUAUCUGUAGCGUCAGCAUCAACUGCUCAGAGUUGGCAUCCUAACAAGUCCAGUCAUUACAAUCAUGAUGAUAUUGAAGCUCGUGAUAAAGGGGUCCAGUCCCGGUCAGAGCUUCCGAAGGGCGCUUCGCCUAGAGGGGAUGCUAUGAAUUGGUGGUUUGAAGGGAAUAAAGAUGCCCCCACCCAGCCUGGAACGGAAGUGGAUCAAUCAAUCGUUGGACAAUCGGUGGCCGACCAAUCUGUGGUAGCCCACUCGUACGCUGGGCAGUCUUAUGCCGACCAGUCGUAUGCUGACCAGUCAUACGCUGACCAGUCUGUUGUGGAUCAAUCGGUGGUGGACCAGUCUGCUGUUGGCUAUUCUGCUGUUGGCACCUCUGUUGUGGACGAUUCCGCUGUUGGCUAUGACCCGAACCAUUACCAGUAUGGGGACUACGGAGAUAGUGAUGUGGGACUUACCGUUCCAAACAUGCGUGCGGGGAGCGCCCUCUCCGUUCCAAGUCACCGUGGCACCGGCUCUUCGACUACUGAGGUUCAUAAAAUCCAGCUUGAUCCGCCUGAUACAACAAGCCAUUUUGAUGAAGAGUUUGAAAAUAGAUCUGAAAAUAGAGAUUCCAUCCCUGGGAGUUUCGAGGCUCGUCAUUCGGAGCGGGUUGCUGCUGGACAAAACGUUAGGGAUGUCGGAGCUUAUGCCUCGAUGCGCAAUACCCCAGUUGAUGUACCAUCUCAACGUGCAUCUGUGUAUGACAACCUAUCGGAUGUUCAUGGUCAACACUCCCACGCCUCACUCCUCCCUCAAGAGCGAGCGAUGAGCCCCGCAUCAACAGUUCUUUCUGAAGCUCCUAGGAUGGGGUUUAAUGCCGCUCCUGUGUACGGCUACGACGAUCCAGCCUAUGGUCAUUACCAGUCUCGAUCCGACCUGGGCCUGGGGCGUUCUGAGCUUGGAGAUGAGGACGAUGUUGUAACGAACCCAUAUGGUGCUGACCGCAGCUCUCAAAUCAUGCCGAACGACGAUGCCAUCACCAACCCGUAUACUGACAACCGUAUGUCCCGCGAUAUGUCGGUCCUAUCGGGAGUUGACGAUAUGACCACGAAUCCAUAUGGUGCCGAUCGAACCUCUCGUGAAAUCGCCAUGGAGGGGGGCGAUCAGCAUUGGGGAUAUGCGGAGGAUGAUCAUACGGGAAGCCACAACGCAAACUUCGGGCACAGAGCAUUGCAGGCAGGCCACUCGGGGGGCGACUUCACCGGCGACGCUGACCAGGACUCUCUUAUCGAUAGAGAAAACAUGCUUACGCCCCUCCCAAUGGAUAGAGAGGGCUACAACAAUUCUGCUAAUCCAUUGAGCCCUGAAUCUGACGACGGGAUCCAAACAGGCUUGAAGGGUAUCUCCUCCUUUGGUGGUAUUGGAAUUGGAGGCCUAGACGAUGUUUCCGAAGACGGUGAUGAAUUCACACCGUUUAGAGGGCAUGCUCGCCCCGGCAGUAGCAAUAGUCAUGGGAUGCCAUCGCCUCUCUAUGAUAGUGCACUUGGCCGAGGUAUUGAUCGUAUCCAGUCCAAGGAUAUCGUUGCACUUAUGGAUCACCUUACUGUCCGGGAUGCUGCUCGAAACGCUCGUGAUACUGAAAUCCUUAUGACCUUGGUCCGCAGCGCAGCUGAAAUGAGGGAUUCCUUUGACGACCUCAAGAAGCAGCUUGCCGCCCACUCCAGCCAAAUAGUCCUUGAAAUUGACCAAGGCGCUGAAAAGACAGUGGCAAAACUAGGUGCCCCGCGACCAGUUAUCCCGCUCCCGAUCUCUAGACAAAUCAAGGCCCCUAGGAAUUUUGACGAAGAGAAGGAAGAAGCCCAUAAGAAGACGAAUAUAUUCAGGAAGGCGUUGAAAGGGCUCAGCAUGAAGAGUGGCAGUGACUUAGCGAGAAUAGAAGAUAUGUUGGUUCAACUACUUGGCGAAGUCGAGGGUCUCAAGGCUGCUGCAUCCUAUGCGUAUACUGAAUCAAACACUGCGUCUCACGCUGGGGACCAUGUUCAAAUCCCGGUUCAUACCCAAAGCAUUCGCAGCCAGCAAAGCCACCAGAGCUAUAACAAUGCUAGUGCCAACAACCUUGGUGCCGUUGAUUAUAGUGCGGCUGCUGGUAUUGGUCAGCGCAUUAUGAAUAGCAAUGGCGAGUUGAACUACCACUACGGCAUUGCUAAUCCAGUUACGCUGCAACAAGUGACCAACGUUAUUACUCGUGGUGUUACCCCUAACGAUGAUGGUAUGAGGACGCCUCGGGGGUAUCGCGAUGUCCAACCCGAACAAGGCCCUGCACGUUCGGUCCCGACCAUUCAAACCAUUCAAACCCCUAUCGAACCCGUCUCGCCUCCGGUUCCCCAGAACAGUUCUCAAUUUAACGAUAGCCCAAAUACUGACAAGGGAAAGAAGCGAGAAUCGGGCCAAAAGGCUUCAAGAUGGUCAGAAACCACCACCUCUAGUGGGUUCAAAAGUUUUUUCACUCGCAAGAAGAAGGGUGAGAGCAUGGAACAAUCACGAACAAACUCCGAGUUUGAAGAGGACUGGGCGGGCACCCCACACAUGGGGACGGCCGAAAACUCGCCGUAUCCACAGCACAGUCGACAAGUCGCUUCGCCUAUCUAUGAAAAACCGAGCUUGGAAGCCAAUCGCCGGUCCUUGGAGAUAAAGCAACCGAAGCCAAUUGUUCACCAUAGCCGGUACAAAUUGGAACAGGCGGCGGAGACUCACAUUGACACACAAUCGCCGGCGCUUACACAGUCGACAACAUCCUUGAAACGUUUCAUGCAACAUGGUGGAUCUUACAACAAUAUUACGAGCCUGGCACCAAUGUUCCCUGACACUGGUGAAAGCUCGAAUUCAUACACUCAAAACUAUCAGCAGCAAGGGCACCAGAGCUACCAGUCCUCGCAGGACCAUUAUUCCCCACAACCUGGCCCCAGCAAUAUCAAUGAUUACUACUCUCCUCAGCAAGAGUUCGACGAUCGCACAGUCACCCCCCAGCCACCGCAGACCGCCCAAACGGUUCAAACCACGACAACCAUCGACGAGGUCGGCGAUCUCUCAUAUGUAACUGAACGCAAAAAGAAGACCAGACAUAAGAGGGACGAGACACCGGACGAGCGAACAGCUAGGAAAGAAAGAAGAAGGCAGCGCCAUAGAAGCCGUGAACUUCUUGGAGAGGUUCCACGCGAAGAAGACGAGGAUAUGAUGGGUAGUCGACCUACCAGUGCUGCGUCCAGGAAGUAUACUCGGCCCCUUAGUGCAGCGAGCCACCGCAGCUACCGUGCAAACGACGAUGCCGGGAGCACCAAUUCCAACCGACAUCGUACGUCGCACCUUACUCAUAUUACCACUGGUAAGUUACUCUCUCGCCGAUACUCUGGUGAACCCACCUAA